UUUCCGCAGGAUGGUGAGCCUGUCUUAUAAAAAAUGCACAGAAUUUUGCAUUUCUAGCGAACAUCCGAUAAAGUGGGUGCGUGCAGAGUGAGAGACAAGGCGUGAAAUGAAGGGUUAAAUUCUAAGUGAAUAGUUGCAACCAUAUGGUGUUUCUGCCUGACAAAUUAUUUAUGAUCUCCAAGCAGAGACUCUGCGAAUAUCAAACACAUCCCGCGCCACUCUGAGCCAUACAUUUGCAUGAAAUUGUGCCAAAGUGUGUAAGUUCAAAGUGUCCAAUUAAUACACAGUAUUUGAAUAAAUAGUGAAAUACAGAAAUAUGUAUGGAAAUUGUGACAUAUGCGUGUUCUGGGACGCUCUAUGCAAGUUCAGAUGGUCUAAUGCCGACACUCAAGGCUUAUCUUGUCCAGUGACAAAUGGCGACAUGUUGACACAAUUAUGGCAUUUAAGAAGCGGCCGACGGCUGAAAGUGGAGUAGUGAAAGAGCAUUUCUUAAUAUUUGGCAUUUCGACGGCCCAGGUAAAAUGGCAAAGAGGAAAAUUGGGGUGGAGAAGAAGCCACCGCGAAUGAGCUACAUUCCCCGGAGUCCCAGUGUGACGCCAACGGAAGUGCUGUGCUUGGACGAGUCGGAAACUCUGCUGACACACGCGGAUCACUAUCAGAAGCCGACGGGGCCCGGAGGGAAUGGCUCCCAUGGCAAGUUCCUCUCGCCCACCGUCACAAUUGAGGAGGCGCACCAGAGCACGGACAAGAACGGAGGUGCCCGGGCGAAGGCGGAUUUAGACGUGCCAGUGGCGUGUGGGGCGAAUCUGCGCCAGAAGAGGCUCUCCUCCUCGGCGACGUCGCCCUUCACCGAACUGACCUCUCUGACAAAUUUCGCCAACUCAGGCACCGGCUCAAUUCAGUUGUCAAUGGAUCGCGGUCCACACGACUGGGGCGAGACAACAAGGAGCUACGUGAAGGCGCAGAGGAGACACGCCGGAAGAACAACAUUCAGAGGGCAGGUGUACAACUUCCUGGAACGCCCUUCAGGGUGGAAAUGCAUUAUUUAUCACAUCUCCGUGUUUAUGCUCGUGCUCGUAUGCCUAAUUUUUAGUGUUUUGUCGACAAUCGAGGAGUACACGGAUUUCACAAACGAAACGCUCUUCUGGAUGGAAAUAUGGCUGGUGGUGUUCUUCGGCUUGGAGUACAUCGUUCGGCUCUGGUCUGCAGGAUGUCGAUCAAAAUACAUGGGCUUUUGGGGACGACUGCGCUUCAUACGGAAACCCAUUUGCAUUAUAGAUUUGAUCGUCGUGGUGGCGUCCAUGGUGGUGCUGUCCGUGGGAUCAAAUGGUCAGGUGUUCGCGACGAGUGCCAUUCGCGGAAUCCGCUUCCUGCAGAUCCUACGAAUGUUACACGUCGACCGACAGGGCGGAACGUGGCGACUCCUCGGCUCUGUUGUCUACAUUCACCGACAGGAAUUGAUUACAACGCUGUACAUUGGAUUCCUGGGUCUCAUCUUCAGCUCGUACUUCGUGUACUUGGCGGAGAAGGACGUCGUGGGCCCAGAUGGCAAGAAGCACUUCGCCAGCUACGCAGACGCCCUUUGGUGGGGUGUAAUUACCGUCACAACAAUAGGAUAUGGCGAUGCCGUGCCCCAAACGUGGAUGGGAAAAAUUGUGGCGUCGUGCUUCAGUGUCUUUGCCAUAUCAUUCUUUGCACUCCCAGCCGGUAUUCUUGGUUCUGGCUUCGCCCUAAAAGUGCAACAGAAGCAGCGUCAGAAGCAUUUCAAUCGUCAAAUUCCCGCCGCUGCAAUGCUCAUACAAUGCUUAUGGCGCUGCUAUGCUGCCGACAAGAAAUUCCACAGCGUGGCUACAUGGGAUAUUCAUGUGCAGAACAAAGAUGACGCCCAUCCGCCGUCGGGAUCCACGGUACUUCCAACACAAUUGGGGAAGACCCUAAUGGUGCAGGUGGCGAAACGCGGAGCGAGUGUUCUCAAGCGUCGCAAGAGUCGCAAUCGCAUGGAGCAGUCCUCGGCGGCGUGUAACACCCCAACGGCGGCUGGCGAGCACCCGACGCCGCGCAGCGAGUCCACGGACGGCGAUGGAGGCUUCUACAACGACGAGCGCGUUGGCACGCCAAAUCGACAUAGACGCGAAAGGGAAACUGGCAGAGGAAUUUUCACCAGUCAAGCGAGCUCAGUCACGGAAGCGGCUAGCGACGAUGUGGAGCAGUUGGAGCCAAUGGAUCAGGACCAGGAAGGAGACGAUGAUGAGCCGGCUCCAGUGAGAGAAUUGACGGAAACUCAUAAGAAUGCAAUUCGUGCUAUUCGGAAAAUUAAGUACUUCGUGGCGAGGCGCAAGUUCCAGCAGGCACGGAAGCCCUAUGACGUUCGCGACGUGAUUGAGCAGUAUUCGCAGGGCCACUUGAACAUGAUGGUGAGGAUCAAGGAGUUGCAGCGACGCCUCGACCAGACGCUGGGCAAGCCGGGAAGCUACUUGGUGGGCAGCGAAAGGGGCGCGAUGAAGCCCAUGACGGUGGGUGCGCGGCUAUACAGCGUGGAGCAGAAGAUGGGCGGGAUGGAGAAGCAUUUGACUGAUGUGGUCACUAGUAUUGGAACGAUUCAACAACAGCUGAACAGUGUCACUUUCCUCCUCACCACGUAUUUCAAUCAUCAAGGGCCACUUGAGCCGUCCAACAGCACACUCAUGGCAUCGUCAUCGGCUCAAUUCAAGUACAUAGAAGACGACAUGUAAGCUAGAGUGUUUAUUUUUUCAAAUUUUAAUUAAUUUGAAUGC